GUGGUGGUAGUUCGUAUAUUAACAACUCCCGCAAAAACAAUCACAUCCACGUUCCACGCACAUAGCAAAGAUCGAAAGCCCUAAAUAUUUUCUUUGCAUUUUCCCUUACUCUCUCUCACUUUCUGAGUGAAGAAUCUUCACGGCAAGAUGUGGAACCAGCCCUUCGGGAAAACGGAUUUGGAGAGCGGGGCGAGGCCUCUGUACCCGAUGAUGCUUGAGAGCCCCGAAUUGCGGUGGGCCUUCAUCCGAAAAGUUUACUCCAUCAUCGCUAUACAGUUGCUCGUAACCAUCGCGGUCGGCGCCAUCGUCGUCACCGUUCGCCCCAUCAGCUUAUUCUUCGCCACCACCGGCGCCGGCUUGGCUCUCUACAUCGUCCUCAUUUUUGUCCCCUUUAUCACGUUGUGUCCGCUUUACAGUUAUUACCAGAAGCAUCCCAUCAAUUACCUACUCCUCGGGGUUUUCACUAUUUCUCUUGGAUUUGUCAUUGGAUUGAGUUGCGCUUUUACUAGCGAGAAAGUUAUUCUGGAAGCUGUCAUAUUGACGGCUGUGGUGGUGAUCGGUCUUACUCUUUACACAUUUUGGGCGGCAAGGAGAGGCCAAGACUUCAACUUUCUUGGCCCCUUCCUGUUCGGUGCUGUGCUAGUACUCAUGGUCUUUGGGCUGAUACAGCUUCUCUUUCCACUGGGUAAGGUGUCUGUGAUGAUUUAUGGGUGCUUGGCAGCCAUUAUAUUUUGUGGCUACAUAGUAUAUGAUACAGACAACCUGAUCAAGAGAUACUCCUACGAUGAAUUCAUUUGGGCUUCGGUCGCCUUGUAUCUGGACAUCAUCAACCUCUUCCUGUCUCUCCUUACUAUUUUUAGAGCUGCUGAAAAUUGAGAUCAUUGUGUCAUAUAUUCCGUUCCUUGCAUUGGCACAUUAUUUACUUUCCGUGGGGGACGAGGGUGGGUUCAGAAAAACAAAUUGUUAUCAAUUAAUAAAUUUUUGGGCUUGCCCUGUUGCUAGAUGUCUUUUACACAAUGGAUUAUUGUCAAAGCUGUUGAUAAAAUAGUUGAUUAACGAUUAAAUUUGGCACUUGAUUGUAAAUACAAUUACGACUUUUCCUUUCCUUAUUUGUGAGCAUUACUUCGUGGUUAAGCUUGUUAUCUAUACCGAUUGGUACAUAUAUGUGUAACGGUCCACCACUCUGGCCGCAAAGCUUGAACUUGUGAAAUUUGCAUUAUAAUUAUUUAUUAAAGCUGUGUAAAUUCGUUGCGGCCUAAUCGCGGUUAUAGUUGUAUUGCAAUUGGCAAUAUUGCAGCGAAGUAGCAGCUACAAUCGAUGCGAUUGAACCUUUAGAAAAUGUCAUAUUGCGGCCUCGAUACCAUGCUUCGUCGAUACGGCUAGUGACUCUUAUGUGUCUUGGUGAAUGCACAUACGUUGCGAAUAAGAUUUUGUUUUGUACUUUAGCCGUCUCGCACAACUGUGUUCCUUAUCCUGUUGGACACGGCACCUAUUGUUAUCCAUGCAUUCUGACUGGCCAAAUCUUUACAUGUAUAGUUUUGACCUUUUUUUUUUCAAUGAUUGAUUUGAGGCCAUCAUUCAAUCACCAUGUCUAAUGGAAUCCAAUUUAGUUUUGCAAACCAUAAUCGCAGAACUUGAUUCACCACCGAAAAGAAUGCACAUCCCUAAUGCACCAUACUUUCAAACACAUAACCCCCUUAUCAUCAACUGAUAACUGAUAAGAUUGUGUCAUCCUCCUUGAUUCCUUCACACUUUAUUUCAAUUGUUAAAUGGUGUUCUGCAG